AUGACCGAGAAGAUGAAACCCGCCGCCCGUGUCUCGGGCCGGCGACAGGAUGUGUGGACCAUCAUCAACGAAGCUGCUGCUGCGUCUCCCAAGCAACCCAUCGUCAACAUGGGCCAGGGUUUCUUUGGUUACAACCCGCCAGACUUCAUCCUCGAUGCCGCCAAGGACGCUCUAAAUCGGGUCGAUUGCAACCAGUACUCUCCCACCAAGGGCCGUCCACGGUUGAGAAAGGCCAUCUCGGAAGCUUAUGCGCCUUUUUGGGGACGGAAGCUGGACCCGGAAACCGAGAUCACCAUUACCACGGGGGCGAAUGAAGGGAUGUUGAGCGCCUUCAUGGCCUUCAUUGAGCCCGGGGAUGAGGUCAUUAUUUUUGAGCCCUUCUUUGACCAAUACAUCAGCAACAUCGAAAUGCCCGGCGGCAAGAUUGUCUAUGUGCCCAUGCACCCACCCAAAGAAGGCGCCGUCAAGACCCUCUCGGCCGGAGAAUGGACCAUCGACUUUGACGAGCUCGAGCGCGCCAUCACGCCGCGGACCAAGAUGAUGGUUCUCAACACGCCGCACAACCCCAUCGGCAAGGUCUUCUCCCGCGAGGAGCUCCAAAAGAUCGCCGACCUCUGCCUCAAGCACCAAAUUAUUAUCCUGUCCGACGAGGUCUACGACCGGCUGUUCUACGUGCCCUUUACCCGCAUCGCGACACUGUCACCAGAAGUCGAGCAAAUCACCCUCACGGUGGGAUCAGCAGGCAAGAACUUUUACGCCACCGGUUGGCGCGUCGGCUGGCUGAUGGGCCCUCCCCACCUAAUCCAAUACGUCUCAGCCGCCCACACCCGCAUCUGCUACUCCUCCGUCUCUCCCCUCCAAGAAGCCUGCGCCAUCGGCUUCGAACAAGCCGACGCCCACUCCUUCUGGCCCACAUCCAUCGCCUCCCUCCGCCACAAACUGACCCUCUUCAACUCCGUCUGGCACGAACUGGGCAUUCCCUACUCCGAGCCCGAAGGCGGCUAUUUCGUCAUGGUGAACCUAUCCGGGGUGGAGAUCCCCGCGGACUACCCGUUCCCGCCCCACGUGGCGGAGCGCCCGCGCGAUUUCCGGCUGGCGUGGUUUCUGAUCCAGGAGCUCGGCGUGGCGGCGAUCCCCCCGAGCGAGUUCUGCACGGAUGAGAACAGCCAUUUGGUGGAGGACUAUCUGCGGUUUGCCGUGUGCAAGCCGGAUGAGGUGCUGGAGGACGCAAAGGAGCGGCUGAGGGGGCUGAAGCCGUUUUUGAAAAAGAAGGAUUAA